GGUCGUCUGGUUUCGUUUUGUUUGUGAGGGAGUAGCAACAUGGCGACUGACGGCUUCACUUAACUCCGUAGUUCCAGGAUCCGGAUCGGUUCUUGUGUUACAGUCGACUCGGACGCUGUUACGCAGACGACAGUAUGAGCUGCAGUGCCAACAGCAUUGUGGCCGUGAAGAACAAGAUCAAAGUCUUGCAGCAGCAGGCAGAUGAAGCUGAAGAGCGAGCAGAAAGCCUGCAGAGACAACUGGAGGAGCAGAAGAGGAGCAGGGAGCAGGUGGAGGCAGAGGUGGUGUCUUUAAGUCGUCAUCUCCAGGUGAGCGAGGAUGCAUUGGACGUAGCUCAGGAGAGGCUGACUGCUGCCCUGCACAAGCUAGAGGAGGUGGAGAAGUCUGCUGAAGAGAGUGAGAGAGGCAUAAAGGUCAUCGAGAACAGAGCUCUGAAGGAUGAAGAGAAGAUAGAGAAGCUGGAGGUUAAUCUCCGAGAAGCCAAACAAAUCGCAGAAGAGGCCGAUUAUAAAUACGAGGAGGUGGCUCGUAAGCUCAUGGUGGUGGAAGGAGAGCUGGAACGAGCUGAAGCCCGAGCUGAAAAGGCUGAGUGUAAGGUUCGGACGUUGGAGGAGGAACUGAAGAGUGUUGACCACUCACUGAAGAGUCUGCAGGUGUCUGAGGACAAGUACUGUCAGAAGGAGGACAAGUAUGAAGAAGAAACCAGGAACCUGAUCAAAAAACUGAGGGAGGCUGAGAGCAGAGCAGAGUCUGCAGAACGUUUGGUGGCUAAACUGGAGAAGACCAUUGAUGAUCUGGAAGACAAUUUGUCCUCAGAAAGGAAAACCUGCGCCGAGCUCCAUUCAACACUCACCCAGACCAUGGAGGAGUUAAACUCCUGCUGAGCCUCUUCGCCGUCUCACCUUGGACAGCUGGGAAGUUGGUGGCCAAAACGUUCCUCUGAACUCGUCUUCUGGACCUCAGCUGGGAGCUUCCAGGCUCCUGGACUCCUGCUGGGUUCUAAUUCCUGCUUUAAAAACAUUCCUCACACUGAGUUGCUCCCCCCCAAACUUUUGAUUAUUUUAGAAUUGAAUAUUGAUUAUAUUAAAUAAUAUUGAUAGAAUAUUGAUUGAUUUGUUGAUGUCUUAAUCUUUGUUUUUCCAGUGAGGGUGGGGUGUAGGAGAGUCAUUAGCCAAUCAGCAGGCAUUUCACUGAUACUUGA